AUGAAGUACAAUACUCUCCUGUACUUUUACCUCAUGGUGCUAUCUACACUAUUACUCGCGGUCAUCCUCACAACCACCCCGCAAGAACUUUCUCAGCAAGUCUCGCCUUCAUCCCUCCCUCAAACAGACAAUAUAGAACCUCUCAGACUUCUCUCACCCGAUACUGUCGCCGGAAAAGUCAACCUCACAGAGCACAAAGGAGGUAAAGGCGGUGGAGGCGGACGUGGAGGUAGUGGUCGCGGAGGAGGAAGCGGUGGAAAAGGAGGAGUAGGUGGAUGGUUUGAUGUUGGUGGGAAUGAUGACGGGGUCUCAGGGUCUUCAUACACAAUUUCUGGUCUGAGUGUGCAUCUGCUUCGUACUAUGCUACUAGGCAGCGUGGUGAUGAGUCUAUACCUGGCAGUUUGA